AUGGUGAAGAAGAAUAAUAAGAGCAAUGGAAGUGGCAAGAUGGUAGACGCAAAGGCUAUGGCGCCGGUUAGUAUGGGCAAAGCCAAAACUAUUGCAAUUCUCGGUGCUGACAAAGAAAAGUCAGCUGCUAUGGUAGGUGCUCAGAAAGUGAAGAGUGGAACCUCUGCUGGAUUCAAAUGGAUCAAGAAUCUGUGUAAGAAAAAGAAUUGUUUUAGUGCUUAUAUCAUCCACUCCUUCAUAACCUAUACUAAGAAUUUACGCUCACAGGCCUUGUGUCAAGGUUAUCCAACAGAAAUUGCUUCAUACUUCCAUCACUGCCGCUCAUUAAGGAUUGAUGAUAAGCCAGAUGAUAUUGGAGGACGUGAUAUCCAAAAACAGGAAAUUUGCGAGGCUGUAAAGUUACCUCUCACACAUCACAAUUUAUACAAGCAAAUUGGUAUUGAUACUCCUCGAGGUGUUUUACUAUGCGGCCCCCUUGGAACUAGUAAAAUAAUGCUUGCCAAAGCUGAUGCUAAUCAUACCACUGCCGCCUUUAUCAGGGUUAUGGGCUCUGAGUUUGUGCAGAAGUAUCUUGGUGAGAUAUUGCAGCUGCAAUUUAACUACAUAAAGGAGUAUCAAAUGUUAGGGGGAAAGUACAUUAAGUUGCUUCAGAAUGUUGAUACUGCACAAACUUGUGAGAUAGCAUAA